AUGAUCUGCAAAGCCUCUAGUAGCGCUCACAAUGAAGGAACGACUUUACUUGAGAUCUGUAGAGUUUCCGACGAUCUAGGCCGCUGCUGGCGCGAUUUGCAAUCAAAAAAUGGCUUCAUCCAUGGAGCUUACAGUGAAGAAGAUAGAGAGAAGCAUCAGAUCUUCCGGUCAGAUAACUUUGUCUUUGGACAGUCCGAUGCUGGAAACAACUGGGCUAAAGGGUAUUAUACUGAGGGUGCUGAGCUCAUUGAUUCGGUUCUUGAUGUUGUGAGAAAGGAGGCUGAGAACUGUGACUGCCUCCAAGUGUUGUGCUUGUGGACUGCUGUCGCGGAGGCAGAGUAUAUUAAAUACAAGGAUCCCAAACAGCCAUUGAGUGUUAGAAUUAGGGAUUUGCUGGGGAGAAUGACGCUUGAAGAAAAGAUUGGUCAGAUGACUCAGAUUGAGAGAAAAGAUGCUUCGCCUGAUGUUAUGAAGAAGUAUUUUAUCGGGAGUGUAUUGAGUGGAGGGGGGAGUGUACCAGCACCUAAGGCCACUGCUGAGACUUGGGUGAAUAUGGUUAAUGAUCUUCAAAGGGGUUCUCUUUCCACCCGGCUCGGAAUUCCUAUGAUUUAUGGGAUUGAUGCAGUUCAUGGCCACAACAAUGUGUACAAGGCUACUAUUUUUCCUCACAACGUUGGGCUUGGGGUCACCAGAGAUCCGGCACUUUUGAAGAGGAUUGGAGCUGCCACUGCACUUGAAGUUAGAGCCACAGGAAUCCAAUAUGCUUUUGCACCCUGCAUUGCAGUCUGCAGGGAUCCUAGAUGGGGUCGCUGUUAUGAAAGCUAUAGCGAAGAUCAUAAGAUCGUUCAAGCAAUGACUGAAAUUAUACCUGGUUUACAGGGAGACCCCCCAGCAACCCGCAAGGGUGUUCCAUUUGUUGCUGGAAAGACAAAAGUUGCAGCCUGUGCCAAACACUUUGUAGGGGAUGGUGGCACAGUCAAGGGAAUUGAUGAGAAUAACACCGUGAUCGACUACAAUGGCUUGCUUAGCAUCCACAUGCCGGCGUACCGUGAUUCAAUUCGAAAGGGUGUAGCCACAAUAAUGGUAUCUUACUCAAGCUGGAAUGGAAAGAAGAUGCAUGCUAACCAUGAUCUUGUCACUGGCUUCCUAAAGAACAGAUUGAAGUUCAGGGGCUUUGUUAUAUCAGAUUGGCAGGGUAUUGACAAGAUUACAGAUCCACCACAUGCUAACUAUUCUUAUUCCGUUCAAGCUGGUGUUCUUGCGGGAAUUGACAUGGUUAUGCUUCCAGAAAAUUUCACUGAAUUCGUUGAUGAUCUGACUUUCCAAGCGAAGAACAAUAUUAUCCCAAUGAGCAGGAUUGAUGAUGCCGUAAAGAGGAUAUUAAGGGUCAAAUUUGUUAUGGGCCUUUUUGAAAACCCGAUGGCUGAUCUUAGCCUGGCAAACCAACUUGGCAGUCAGGAACAUAGGGAAUUGGCAAGGGAAGCCGUGAGGAAAUCACUCGUGCUUUUGAAGAAUGGUAAAAGCACUAACAAACCACUGCUUCCCCUUCCAAAGAAAGCGCCAAAGAUAUUAGUUGCAGGAAGCAAUGCUGACAAUUUGGGUGACCAAUGUGGAGGCUGGACAAUAGAAUGGCAGGGUCUUCAGGGCAAUGACCUUACAGCCGGAACCACAAUCUUAACUGCUGUGAAAAAGACUGUUGAUCCUUCUACAGAAGUUGUCUACAUGGAGAAUCCAGAUACAAACUUUGUUAAAUCCAACAACUUUUCUUAUGCCAUUGUUGUCGUGGGGGAAACCCCAUACACAGAAUUUAUGGGAGAUAGCUUGAAUCUAACUAUAUCUGAACCAGGUCCAAGCACUAUCAAAAAUGUCUGUGGGGCUGUCAAAUGUGUGGUAGUCAUCAUCUCAGGCCGUCCUGUUGUAGUUGAGCCUUAUGUUGCACAAAUGGACGCACUUGUGGCUGCUUGGCUUCCGGGAACUGAAGGUCAGGGUGUGACAGAUGUUUUGUUUGGUGAUUAUGGUUUCACAGGCAAACUAGCGCGCACUUGGUUCAAAUCAGUCGACCAACUUCCGAUGAACGUAGGCGAUCCACAUUAUGAUCCUCUUUUUCCGUUUGGUUUUGGACUCACUACUAAGCCUAGGAAGGAGGCUUAG